CCCAUUCCCCGCCGCGCACGUGGGUGCCGGGCCUCCGCGAUGCCUCGCGCGCCUCGGUGCAGGGCUGUGCGCGCUCUGCUGCGCCGCCGCUACCGCGAGGUGCUACCGCUCGCCGCCUUCGCGCGGCGCCUGGGGCCCGAGGGCGCGCGGCUCGUGCGGCGCGGGGACCCGGCGGCCUUCCGCGCGCUGGUGGCGCAGUGCCUGGUGUGCGUGCCCUGGGGCGCGCGGCCGGCCCCUGAGACGCCCUCGUUGCUCCAGGUGUCCAGCCUGAAGGAGCUGGUGGCCCGCGUGGUGCAGCGGCUGUGCGAGCGCGGCGCGCAGAACGUGCUGGCCUUCGGCUUUGGGUUGCUGAACGAGGCGCGCGGCGGGCCGCCCCUGGCCUUCACCACGAGCGUGUGCCGCUACCGGCCCAACACGGUGACUGACUCGCUGCGCGGCAGCGGCUCCUGGGGGCUGCUGCUGCGCCGCCUGGGGGACGACGUGUUGGUCCAUUUGCUGUCGCGCUGCGCGCUCUACCAGCUGGUGGCGCCCAGCUGCGCCUACCAGGUUUGCGGGCCACCGCUGCACGAGCUUGACGCCCCCACGUCGUCCCCUCACGGCGCGCUCCGCCCGGACUCGGGCCUCGGGUCCCGGCGUCGGCCCCGCAGCCGCAGUGCAAGCUCUAGUCCGCCGCAACCCAAGAAACUCAGGCUCACAUCGGGAAGCAGCAGGCCGCGCUCCGUGGCCCUGGGAGCCGCGGCAGUCGAGGGCGAGUCGACCUGGUCGAGGAGCAGCGGGAGCACGCCUAGGCCACGCGUGGCCGUCGAGAUCAAGCGUUUUCUCUACUCGCGGGUGGGCGGCGGCGCGGAGCGGCUGCCCCCCUCCUUCAUACUCAGCGCACUGCCACCCAGCAUGACGGGGGCACGAAGGCUCGUGGAGGCCGUGUUCCUGGGCGCGCCUCCCGCCAGGCCCGGGCGGACCCCGCGCUCCCGCAGGCGCCGCCUGUCCCUGCGUUACUGGCGUAUGCGACCCCUCUUCCGCGAGCUGCUCGCCAAUCACGCGCGGUGCCCCUAUGGCGCGCUGCUCCGCGCUCACUGCCCGCUGCGGGUUGCAGCCGGCCCCGACGGGGACGCGAGCGCGGAACGCCUGGCUCAGCUGCUUCCCCAGCACUGCAGUCCCUGGCAGGUGUACACCUUUCUGCGCGCCUGCCUGCGACGCCUGGUGCCCACCGGCCUCUGGGGCUCCAGGCACAACGAGCGCCGCUUCCUGAGGUGCAUGAAGAGAUUCCUCUCUCUGGGCAAGCAUGGGAAGCUGUCGCUGCGUGAGCUCACGUGGAAGGUGAAGGUGCAGGACUGCGUGUGGCUGCGCUCCAGCCCAGAGGACAGCUGUAUCCCGGCUGCAGAGCACCGCCUGCGGGAGCAGGUCCUGGCCACUUUCUUGUUCUGGCUGAUGGACACAUGUGUUGUCGAGCUGCUCCGGUCCUUCUUCUACGUCACAGAGACCACGUUUCAGAAAAACAGGCUUCUCUUCUACCGCAGGUGCCUAUGGCACAAGCUGCAGGGCAUCGGGGUUAGGCAGCACUUUGAGAGGGUGCAGCUGCGGGAGCUGUCAGCCACAGAGCUCAGGCAGCACCAGGAGGCCUGGUCGGCCUUGCCCAUGUCCAGGCUGCGCUUCAUGCCCAAGCUUAGCGGCCUCCGACCCAUCGUGAGCAUGGACUGCACGGUGGGCACCAGUGCCUCCCAUGGGGGCAGGAAGGCCCAGCAGUUCACCCCGUGCAUCAAGACCCUGUUCAGCGUGCUAAAUUACGAGCGGACACGGCGGCCUGAGCUCUUGGGUGCCUCCGUGCUGGGCCUGGAUGACACCUACCGGGCCUGGCGGGCCUUCACGCUGCAUGUGCGGGCCCAGGACCCCAGGCCCUGGCUGUACUUUGUCAAGGCAGAUGUGUCGGGGGCAUACGACGCCCUCCCACAGGAUAAAGUCGCAGAGGUGGUUGCCAAGGUCCUCAGACCCCAUGAGAACAUGUACUGUAUCCGCCGCUACGCCGUGGUGCAGAGAGCCGCCAGGGGACAGGCACGCAGGUCCUACAGGAGACACGUCUCCACCCUUGCCGACCUCCAGCCAUACAUGAGCCAGUUUGUGGAGCACCUGCAGGAGGCGUGCAGACUGAGAGACGCCAUCAUCAUCGAGCAGAGCUGCUUGCCAAACGAGCCCAGCAGCAGCUUAUUCAACCUCUUCCUGCGCUUCCUACGCAGCAGCAUCCUGAGGGUCGGUGGCAAGUGCUACAUCCAGGGCCGGGGAAUCCCUCAGGGCUCCAUCCUGUCCACGUUGCUCUGCAGCCUCUGCUAUGGAGACAUGGAGAAUGUACUGUUCAGUGGGGUGUGGCAGGAUGGGCUGCUCUUGCGCUUGGUUGACGACUUCCUGUUGGUGACCCCUCACCUGGCCCAGGCAAAAGCCUUCCUUAGGGCCCUUGUCCAGGGCAUCCCUGAGUACGGCUGCACACUGAACCUGCAGAAGACAGUGGUGAACUUCCCUCUGGAGGACGGGGAGCUGGGCAGCCCCGCCCCACUGCAGCUGCCUGCACACUGCCUGUUCCCCUGGUGUGGGCUACUGCUGGACACACGGACCCUGGAGGUACGCUGCGACUAUGCCAGUUAUGCCCGGACUUCCAUCAGGGCCAGCCUCACUUUUGACCGAGGUACCCGGGUGGGGUGGAGUGCACGCCGCAAGCUGCUGGCAGUGCUACGGCUGAAGUGCCACGCUCUCUUCCUGGACCUGCAGGUGAACAGCCUACGGACUGUCCUCAUCAACAUCUACCAGAUCUUCCUGCUGCAGGCCUACAGGUUCCACGCAUGUGUGCUGCAACUGCCGUUCCACCAGCCAGUGAGCAGGAACCCCUCCUUUUUCCUUGGCAUCAUAACCGACUCUGCGUCGUGCUGCUACUCCAUUCUGAAAGCCAAGAACGCAGGGCUGUCUCUGGGGGCCAAGGGCGCUGCUGGCCCGUUUCCCUCUGAAGCUGCCCAGUGGCUCUGCCACCAGGCCUUCCUGCUCAAGCUGGGUCGUCACCGUGCCACCUACAAGUGUCUUCUGGGCCCACUCCGGACAGCCCAGACACGGCUGCGUGCGAAGCUCCCUGAGGUGACACUGGCUGCUCUGGAGGCUGCAACUGACCCAGCCCUGUCUGUGGACUUCAAGACCAUCCUGGACUGAGCCAGCCUCCACCUGCCUCAUCAGGACCUGUCUCAGGAGGGGCCGGCCAGCCCAGAGCUCUGUGAACUCCCGAGACCCCCGGGGUUCAGGAAGGGGGUUUCCAGUACCUCCCAUGGUGGGUCUGCCUUUGCAUGUCCUCAGGGAAGCACCCCCAGGAAUGGGCCCUGGCCACUGGGAAGCAAGUAGGCACCCACUGUGGGCACUGGGGCCGAGCAUCCAUGCUGGUGUCAUCUGCAGGGACACCCAAGAACUCUACCAGCAGCACUGCAUUAGUGUCACACCACUGGGAUGUGACACCAUCCUGGAUCCCAGGGCUGCUCCUGAGCCCUCAGCUUGGGGCAGUGGUAUCAAACCCAUGGCAUAUGGGUCGUUUGUAUCAUCAAAAGCUCUAAAAGCUUCCCUGUCACUGGCCUAGACAGUCCUGGUUCCCUGGCUGUUAUUUCCAAUGUGGAGCUUUGAAAGGGUCCCCCGGGUUGGCAGUGGGCAGUUUGGACGCACAGGGCUAGCGCUGUGCCUGCUUCCCCCUGCCCCAUCUGCUGCCCCUGGGCCAAGCAGGUGGACGUGUAAUGUGCAGACAGUGGGCAGUCGGGGUCUUGGCUCUGCAUCCCUCCACAUCUGUUCCUCUGUCUUCCCCAAGUGCUGAGGGCUGUGGGCUCGUUUGUCCUUCAUGGCAGCAUGGACCCUCUGGGAGGGCAGAGUAGCUCUGGGCUUGCUGAGCUCAGGCGUGGGGAUCAGGCUGGGCAUGUGGGACAGACAUCACAGGUGGGCUCUACACAUCACAGGGAGGUGAUGUGUGCUUGCUGAGCCGGUCCUCACAGGCUGUGAGGGGGGUGGUGAUGGGCAGGGGGUGGCAUGGCACCAGGGUAGGCAAGGUGAGGUCCUGCUCAUGUGGGGAAUAGUACAGAGGGAAUACAGGGAGGUGAGGGCUGGACCUGCUGGCCUCUGGGAAAGUCUGGGUUUGGGGUGCUGGCUCUGGAGUGUCCCAGUGAGGACCAGGAAGCUUGCUGAGGGGAAGGUCAGUAGUGCGUGGCCAGCUGUGGAUGCCUUGUGGAUGGGGUAGGGUCUGGGAAUUUACAUUUUGACCUGCGGGGGCCUCUCCAUAUGGUCCUGCAGUGGAACAGUAGCCUUGGAGUGUGACACUGGGUAGGGAUUUGGCUAUGGACAUAAGCCAGUGACAGCCUAGGCUGGGGCCCGCUGUGGAGCAAGCACCAGAUGGGGACAGGGACUCCCUCCCAGCAUGGCCCUGGGGCCCUGAAGGACUGAUCUGAUCCCACCCUUCUGGUGCCUGGGUUACACCUGCAUGGUGUGGGGCUGUCCUGGUGGCUUCCGGGCUGGAGCCCCUUGGACGAGUCUUCCAGUUGAUGCCAUGGUGAGCUCUGUGCCAGGGUUUGAGAUAGCCAGGCGUUGUCCUGUUUGCCAUUGCUACUGCUGAACUCCGCACUGGUGUGCCAACAGGGCUCAGCUCACCCCUUGCUCUGUGGGGCCUGUCUUGGCCUACUGGGCUGGAGUGCAACUCUGGUGUGAUGCUAAAUUGAGGGUGUCAGCUCCAGGUAUUUACAGGCCCAGCAUUUCCUCACUUGAGGGGUCUCACUAAGGCCGUUCCCAUGGACUGUACAAAGGGGAGAUGAGAAAGGACACGCCCGCUUGCUUCCCUCUCAGAGGAGGAGGACAAGCUCCAGUCUUCCACUGCAACUUGGACAUCAUCUCCUGGCUUCCACCGUAGACUUUUUGGCUUCUGUCACAGACCCAUCGGCCUGAUACAGACUCACGGGACCCUGCAGUGAGCUCCAGACCUUGGACUGGAAUCUUUGGCCUCCCGUUUGGAGGCCUCUGUACAUUUCUUCCUUGUCUGGCCGACUGUUAUAAGCCAGUCUUGUAGUCUCACACACGUGUAUGUCUUGUGUCCCAUCUGCCCCUCUAGUAAACCCUUGCAGACCUGGGACUGGCCCCAGGGAGUCAUCUGCUGCAGCA